UCUCAUUGUCAUGCGCUUUUCGGGGUCACACCUUCAGACUAUCAGACAGGGACUAGCGAACAAUCGUUUCAUUUUUCUAUUUACAAGUCACACGUCUCAGCGGCUCAGAGUCACUAAGAAAAAUACAGAAGGACCUUAAACGCAUCUCACCGUUACUUGGUUGGAACGUGGGAUAAAGUCGAAAAACUCUGCAGAAAGUUUUAUUAUUAAUAUUAUUAUUAUUAUUACUAUUAUUUUUAUUAUUAUUUUUACUUUUUAGGGAAAAAAAACAACAAUAUACCAGAGGGGAAUCGAAGUCGGGGCACCUGUCUCACAGCUGAGCGUCCAAGAGUCUCAUCCGCGGAUAAACACCUGCAAACAUGACAAGGAGGCCCUACGCAAUUUACGCGGUCGGUGUGGUCUGCGCCUCCCUGCUCGUCGUUGGCAUCAGCUUGUUUGUGGGUCAAGUUUUUCACACUUUAAUGGACAACCGCCUGAAGAAGGAGAUUGUUUUACUGGAGAGCAGCCGUGUGUUUGCGUCAUGGAAAAACCCUCCUCCUCCUGUCUACAUGGAGUAUUUCUUCUUCAAUGUCACCAAUGUUGAUGAGGUUGUUGCAGGGGGGAAGCCAGUGGUCACCCAGAUUGGACCCUACACAUACAGGGAGUACAGGUACAAGGACAAUGUAACCGUGUGGGAAAAUGACACAAUGGUGUCUGCGUACAACACGAAGAGCUUUGUGUUCCUGAGAGAGAAGUCCGUAGGUGACCCAGCUGUGGAUAACAUCACCACGGUCAACAUCCCGGCCUGGGCGGUAAUGAACAAGGUGAAAGGUAGUCUCUGGAGGUCCUCUCUUGUGUCCAUCUUCAUGAACUCUGCAAAGAGCGAGCUCUUCACGACUCGCACCGUGGACGAGUUGCUUUGGGGAUAUGUAGAUCCACUGCUGGAGCGUCUUGCCCCGACCACUCCAGAUGUGGAGAAGGAGUUUGGCCUCAUGUACAAGAAAAAUGGCAGUAAUGAUGGGGAAUUUGUCUUCCACACUGGAGUAGAGAACUAUUUGGAUUAUGGCCGGGUCAAAACAUGGAAAGGUCGAAGCCAGCUGACUUUCUGGACAAGCGAGGAAAGCAAUGUCAUCAAUGGAUCAGAUGGAGGUGCUUUCCACCCACUGCUACAGAAGGACGAGCGCCUAUACAUCUUCACUCCAGACCUGUGCAGAACGAUCUACAUGGAGUUUGAGAAGGACGUGGAGGUGAAAGGAAUCCCAGCCUACCGCUUCACUCCACCCCGCUCCGUUUUGGCCAGCAAGGAAGAAAACCCGGCCAACGAGGGUUUCUGCGUCACCCCGAAGGAAUGCCUGGGAACUGGACUCCUCAAAGUCAGCCCCUGUCGCAAAGGUGCCCCGGUCGUGGCCUCCUUUCCUCAUUUCUACCUGGGUGAGGGGAAAUAUGUGGCUGCCGUUGAAGGAAUGUCCCCUCAGAGGGAGCAUCAUCAAACGUUUCUCGAUCUGAACCCGACCACUGGAGUAAUUGUACGUGCAAGCAAAAGGGCGCAGGUUAAUAUAUUGAUCAACAGAGUCAGUGGAUUCCCGAAGACUAGAUACAUAAAUGACACAAUCUUUCCCGUGAUGUUCCUCAAUGAGAGCGUGGUGAUUGAUGAUGUCUCUGCAGCAAAAGUGCACAAGCUCCUGAUGAUCUCCACUAUGGUGUCCAACUUCCCACUCAUGAUCGUGGGUCUGGGCGGCAUCUUGCUCGUAGUCCUCAUCAUCCUCCUGGUCCGGGCCCGCAAACAGAAGAGUGAAGUUAAGCACAUUGUGUUUACCAAGGCUGCCUAUGCUACCUCCCACGAAGACGACACUUCUUAUUCUCCCGUCAAUGACAAUGAAAAAGACGAUCAGAACGGGACCUUCAUUGGCAUGACGCCUAAGGGCGACCCCCAAGCUUGAGGAGGAAGCGUGGGGUCGGCUGGCUGAGGAGAAGAGGAAGGGGACAUGGUUUUAGCCUCAAGUAUUUUCUACAGUGUUUAUAGGUAAACUCAAGGAGGACUUCCUCAAGUCCAGAUUAAGUGCCUGUUUCCUGAAGAAGUUUGAUGUCCUCUGUUAAACACCAGCCAGCUGCCAGUGGCUUCUUCUUGGUGACGUUAAAAGUUAUCGACGACAGCUUGCCGUUCUCCGACGAGAAGAGACGGAGAGGGCACUCUGUUGUGCUUCCGACAAAACAAACGCUUUUUAAAUGUGACAUGUGAGACAUGUGUGCCGUUAUUGUGAAUGCUGCGCUCACGAAUCUGCUCGGCAAACCCAAAUUCUCGUCUUGCUUUGAGCUCAAUGUGUUUAGAUAAUUAUGGGGUUAGCGUCUCUGAACAAGAGCAUAUUUUUAUAUUUCAGCCCAUUAGUCGUGGUUUUAACACACAGAUGUUGUACUAUGCUCCUCCAGAACGUCGGAUAUUUAAGCUCUUCUUUCUCUCAGACUUCACUUUCUCAUAUUUUCACCAUUUACUCACAAAAAUAUUAGUCCAUGGAAAGAGAACGGCAAAGAUGACGCUGAUGAGCUGAGACUGCCGCCACUUCCUUAAAGCUUUGAUCGUUUAUUUAGAAAAACACGCAGAUGUGUCGUUAAGAUCUUGCGCCUUUUUUUUUGUCUAAAUGAUUACCGUUUAAUCAACUUCUUAAUCAGGAUUUGAAUCCAAAGCUUGUUUGUGCACAGUAGGUGACAGUUCCUGAAAACGGCAUUUGUGCUUAAGUUGCCAUGGUAACAGUAAAGUCUUUGUGCUGUCAGACUAUCAACACUUUUCUGCUGCCUCGGGAUUCAGGUUGUAUAAAUCUCCAUAUGACGCCUAAUGCUCAGUACCUUCUUCAUAUAUAUAUAUAUAUAUUUUUUUAUCAGCCAAAUAUAUAAUAUCUUUAUAUGGUGGAUAUAAUGAUGAUUUUAUAAUAAAUAGUCCCUAUACUCACAGCAGCUGUCAUAAUUAUGCUAGGAAAGAGGUUAGGAGAGGCAACCAGAUGUUUUUUUUAAAGACUCCUGCCAGCAAAUCACCCGUUGUUAAGAUGUACAUUCACAUGGGAUUGAAAUGAUCCAUUGACUUCUGUCUUUGCUAAAAUAGGGUAGUAAAUUUGUGAGGGCAAGGGCGGAUCUACGGGGGGGUCUAGCUGCCCCCCCUGUUGCACCCCUAAUUUUGAUGUUCUUAAAAAGAUACUAAAACAAAUGACUAUUCUGCUCAAAAGCUCCCAAAUGCGUUGAAAUAAGGCACAAAUUCCAUGUUUUGUUGUUGAUAUUAACUAUAAAAGAUAUUUUUUUCUCUCUCAGGUCUAAAGUUAUAUUUUCACCUAUUUUCAUCAAGUCAAGUUAAAUUUAUCCAACCUGGAACCAACUGCCAAAGGCAGGUUGUUGGCGUAUCCCCUUCUAGUGAGUUGAUAAGUAAACACAAGAUCAUUAGAUGAAGCAUUUGUAUUUCGAGAUAUAUCGAUUCAAUAAUAUCUACUGUCCAUUAUCUAUCUAAAAUGGACGUGUAUGAAUCCUGUGGGUUUGCAGUUUAAGGAGUUUACAAUCAUGUAGUUUAAAUAAUGGCGUGGUGAACUUCAGUUCUGUUUCGUCCCUUCCUGACUGCCAGUGGAUGUAUUCUCGCACUCUGUGCAGGUCAAGUUUUAAUGUCAACAAGGUCACGUAUGUGACCUACCGGCCACUGUUGCGCUAUAAAUAGAGUGUGGUAGCCGACGUCGUGUCUCACCAGAUCUUCCUGUGCCACGAAGGGGCCGAGUGACCUGUGUCACUGGCAGUCAUCCAGGGACUAGUUACCUGCGUCACUUCCAUUCAGUGGUGAUUAAUCAGGCAGAUUAUGACCUUUUUUAACCAAAACAUCUCCACUGCACUGUGGGAUAAAUACAAGUUUAUCUCAUCUCAUUGUGAAGCUUGUGAUUUAUGUUUUGUAGUUUCAUACUGUAUGUUGGGGUACUCGUGUGAAACAUACGAGGAGUUCACAUCUUGUCACUUUCAGGCCACAAUGAAAGUUAUUUCAGCUUGUCAAAGAGCAUCUUGAGAAAAUUUGAGUCUGGCUUUGCAUGUUUCUCUGUUACUAUAAGAGUCCUUUUGCGUCUUAGAGCCCGAUGUUGUUCAGAUUGUGACAGCUGAUGAGAUAUUGUCUUUCACCGUGGAGUCCAGCCUGAAUCUCUUUCGGUGUUUUCCUCGGCACCUUGUCUCCCUUCCAGCAACAUCCUGAGAGGUUGAUUACAGCACCAUAGACUAUCCCUCUUAAUAUUUCCACCUGCGGUCCUGUAGUCACAGAAACAUAAAUCCACCUGAAUUUGGUAGUGUAGCCUUUACCUUUAACUUUAGCUUAUGUAUAAUAUUAUUUCUGUCUUUCACAGACAGCUUUCAUUUGCUUAUUCUGGUCCACGUUCAGGGUGGUGCACAUAAUAAUCUAAAAUACACAACGUUUCUCUCCUUAAAUGACACAUGUGAUACUAAUUUACGCUAAUAGUUAUUUUGCAAUAUGACUGUAAAUUUGAGCAACUAUUUCUGAUUAUUUUAGGAAAUAAGAACAUCCUUAACAUCUCCAGCACCCAUAAAAAAUUAAUGGAUAAAUCAGACUGAAGAAGAUUUUUUUUUUCUCAUUUAUAGAUUUUGCCUGAAAUCAGAAAUCUAGUUUUGAAAGUCAUUUUUUUUACCUAAACAGGGACUUUGAGUAGGAAGGCAGACAUUUUAGGGAGAUCAGUGCAAUCUGUGUGUUGAAAACGACGCCUAGCAAUCUUGAAAAGUACACUAUUGGUUUAUACCGACUACUUUAUAAACUGGGCCAAGAGGGUCAUUUUGAAAUUCAUAAACGUCUUUUUUUAUUAAAUGUAAUACGUCGAUCUCAGGGGGGCUUCGCUUGCCAUAAGUUGCUAAAGCAGGAAGGAAGCACAACAGGUCUUCUGCUCUUUUGGAAGACCUUUUAAAUCACUUCAGUGUCAUUUCUAAUUUGCAUUUCAUCCUAAAUUUGAUGUUAAAAAAUCUUUUCAACGCUCAUUAUUUUUCUGUUCACGCACUGUUUUUCACUGCAAAAUGUUCAGAGUAUGGCAUUUGUUUGCAUUUGCAGGCAGUGUGCGGUGUGUUGAACCAACUACAUUCCUCUCAGUGUAAGAUGGGGAUGGAUCUCAAAACAAAAUGCUGUAUAUUUGGAUACUUAAAUUAAAAAAAGAAAAGAAAUCACUUAAAUUUCUUUUUUUUUGUAAAUGUUAAAGUAGAAAUUUUUGAAAUAAGAGCAUUUGAGCACACAAGCUUCACAAAUGUCGUUUUGUAUCCUGAUUAAUACGUUUUUUUCUGUUUGACAGGAUACUUACAGUAUAACCGCAUCGACUAACAGAUAGCGCCAUUCAUGAAAAUGUUUUUAAAUGCUGUAGUUGUGCCUUUUAAAAUGAUCAGUGUAACUAUUGUUUUUGUUCAUUUUAUAGCUUUGUUUGUGUGAGAAAAAAGAAGCGUCAUAUGCCAAACAGAAGUAGAGAAUAAGAGUGGAGUGUCUGUUAUUCAUGGAAAGCUGAAGUGUUUGCUUUCAAAUGCCUUUUAAUGUAAUCUUAUAAAUGCUGCAGAGUUAUGUUUAAACUGUGAUGAGCCAAUUCUUUGUUUCCUCGUUUUGCUGUAACAUACAUCGCAAGGAUGUUUCAGAUAUUUCACCCCAGCACAUUACACACACUGCAGUAAUCGCAAUUUAUGCACAGAUGACAGAAGAGAAAUUCAUUCCUUCUUCCUUUGAUUUUUGUUUUUUUUAUUCUCAUUUUAUGCAUAGUUUUAUCCAGUUACACUAAGAAAAAUCAGGGCAAAGGCUUAUCAAUCCAGGCUGAAUGAUGUAGUAGUUUUAAAUUCAUCAUAUGGAUUUUGCUGCAAAAGACAGUAUUAUACAAUAUUGUAGUGUUUAAAAAAGGAUAAAUUAUUUUGUAACACUGGUAAAAAACCAAAAUGCAAAAGAAAGCACCACACAGUUUUGAAACUGGUCUACUAUUUCUUUGCAAUAUUUUGAUUUCAUAUUGUCCUUUCUAAAAUGAUUGUCACUGAUAUAACCACAUUUUCUUCUGAUUUUCAGUUGUUUAUGUAAACUGUUGAUAAUGUUUUUACUCUGGACACAAAAAUAAAAAGUAGUUUCAUUA